UGAUUUGGUAUAAUCUUAUAUGUCUGUGUUUUUUUGAAAUACAAUAAGUAUAAACAUGCAAAACUGAGAUGAAGUCUAAUAAUUUAACCAAAAAUUGAGGGAAUACAUAAUUUUUUGUUGAAAUGAAUUAAAAGCGGGAGAUUCCAUAUUAGAGGUUGAAUUGCUGAUUUUGCGGCUGAAUUAUGAAUAAUCGAAGGUCAACGCUUGGGAUGGCUCCUCUUAAGGUUCUUGUCAUACUCAUUGAUGAAGAUAAAGUGCGAGAAGCGGGGCUUGGGGAGAACUUACGAGUCCAAGUAUCUGGGAUUGAGGAAGAUGAUAUCUUAUCAAGCUCUGUUUUAUGCAGUGUUGUAAGGCUAGUCCCUGCUGUAACACGGUUUGUUGCGCACUUGUCAAUCAAGGAGUUGCUGGAUAAUGUUGGCUUCUUAAGAGCACGACUUCUGCUAUGUGGUCUUCUUAUAUUGUGCAAAUUGAUGAACUUCAAUUGUUAAAUAUAUGUAUAUGAACUACUUUGGAGGUAUUAAGCUAGCAAAUAACUCCAAAAAGUUUCGAUUAUUUUUAUUAUGAACUCUUUCUUGUUAUCAACAAACAUUCAUUUUAAUUAUUCAAUGGUAUGCAGAUUGAGGACUAAAGUGGAUGCUUUACAAGAAAAUAUUACUAGAGCAAGAGAUGUAUUCAGAAAUGUUAUUGAGGGGACAAAUAACUAAAUUAGGCAUGCCGAAUAGACAAUUAGAGUGUGAUUUUAAUUAUGUAAAUAUUAAAUUAUUGUAUGUUAU